UUUCAAAACGAAAAUACAAUUUUAUAGUUUUUUAGCUUUUAGUUGUUUAGUUUUUAAGUGAACGUGCAGCGAACAAGUUCCAACCGUCUCACAAACACACCAACUUCCAAUCGGAUUGUUGUGGCAUUUCGGUUAAGUAAAUUUACCUUUUGCAGAUCCAACAACAGCAAAUUCCAGUUACUCUUGCAUACCUGUAGCUGACACCGCCAAGAGCUAUUGAGUUGUGAGGAUGGCUACAACUACUUUCAAGAUAAAUGGGGUUCCAUACACAGUGAAUCUCUCAACUCUGGCUCCCGACAUUACGUUAAACAAUUUCAUUAGAGACCAUGCCCAAUUGACGGCUACCAAAUUCAUGUGCCUGGAGGGAGGAUGCGGGGCCUGCGUUGUGUCAGUAUCGGGUAAACAUCCCGUCACUGGUGAUAUGAAAACAUGGGCCGUCAAUUCGUGUCUAACGCUGUUGAACACGUGCAGCGAUUUGGAAAUUACGACCUGUGAAGGAAUUGGCAAUAAACGUGAUGGCUAUCAUCCCAUACAAAAGCGAAUGGCCAAGAUGAAUGGAACUCAAUGUGGGUUCUGUACACCAGGGUUCGUAAUGAAUAUGUACAGCUUGCUGGAAUCGAAGGAUGGAAAAGUAACCAUGGAUGAAGUGGAGAACUCUUUCGGUGGCAAUAUCUGUCGCUGUACUGGCUAUAGACCCAUUUUGGACGCAAUGAAAUCGUUUGCUUUAGACAGCACCAUAAAAAUACCGGAGGAGUGUCAAGAUAUCGAGGAUCUUACAAACAAGAAGUGUCCGAAGACUGGACAAAUGUGCGCGGGUCAAUGUCAUAAGUCCUUAGAAUUUCUACUUUACGCCGACGGCAGUCAGUGGUAUUGGCCAAAAAAAUUGGACGAACUCUUUGCCACGCUUUCGAAAAUAGACUCUAACGAACACUAUAUGCUCGUGGCUGGCAACACGGCUCACGGCGUCUAUCGUCGAUCGGAUUCGUUGAAACAUUUUAUUGACGUAAAUGGAAUAGCUGAUUUGAAGAAACAUGACUUGUCCAAGGAUGGCUUAGUCCUGGGUGGUAAUCUCAGCCUCACCGAGGCAAUGGACAUAUUCACUGAGGCUUCAAAGCAACCCGGAUUUGAAUACUGUCAACAGCUCUGGCACCACUUCGAUUUGAUUGCAAACGUUCCCGUGCGAAACACUGGAACAUUGGCCGGCAACAUUUACACCAAAAGGGAACAUGAAGAAUUUCCAUCGGACGUGUUCCUGACUUUUGAGGCCCUAAACGCCCAAGUCGUUGUUGGUUAUUCCAGCGAGAAGCGCGAAACCAUGUCCUUGGUUGAUUAUGUCAGAGACAAAACUUCCAAAACAGUAAUCCUUUCAUUCAAUUUACCGGCGUACCCUAAAGAAAACUUUAUUUUCAAGUCGUACAAGAUAAUGCCUCGAGCUCAAAACGCUCACGCAUUUGUUAAUGCCGCUUUCCUGCUGGAGGUAGAAUCGUCAACGGGCGUUGUAAACACCUGCAGUCUCUGCUUCGGUGGCAUACGCCCAGACUUUGUCCACGCUUCUUCAGUGGAGGCAGUUCUUAAGGGGCAGUGUUUUUAUGAAAAAUCUGUCGUGGAGAAAAUCUUUGCAGAAUUGGCAACUGCGCUGCAACCCAAUGAGGUCCUGCCCGACCCCUCCCCCGACUAUCGCCGCAAGUUGGCCUGCGGUCUUUUGUUGAAGUUUCUUUUAGAGAGUGCACCCGCAGAUAAAGUGAAGCCGGAAUUUCGCAGUGGAGGUCCCAUUUUGAAGAGAGAGCUUUCAUCGGGUAUUCAGACCUUUGAUACGCAGAAAAAAUUCUACCCCGUCACUCAGCCAGUUGAAAAAAUAGAAGGUCUCAUCCAGUGCUCCGGCGAAGCUACUUACAUGAACGACACACUGACACCCCACAAUGCUGUGCACUGUGCCUUUGUUACAGCCACCAAGGUUGGCAGCACCAUCGAACAAAUCGAUGCCUCCGAAGCUAUUCGGGUUCCUGGAGUUGUGGCAUUCUAUUCUGCCAAAGACAUUCCGGGAAGUAAUACUUAUGUAGACGAGGGUUUCGGCUAUGAGAAAGAAGAGAUAUUCUGUUCACAAACAGUGCGUUAUUACGAUCAGCCCUUGGGCAUGAUCGUGGCAUUGAGUAGUGAUAUUGCAAACCGCGCCGCAUCCAAGGUCAGAGUUAUUUACUCCAAAGGGUCCGAGGUGAUAAUGCCGACACUACCAGACGUUUUCGCCAACAAUUGUCUGGAGCGAAUUCACAGUAUUAGCCCUUCGAAGAUCGAGGACAUCAAGUUGUCCGAGGCCGCAGAUAUUUCGGGCAAGGGUAUUUUUGAAAUCGGUCUGCAGUACCAUUUCACAAUGGAACCUCAAACGUGUGUUGCAGUGCCAUUUGAACAAGGUCUGCAGGUGUGGGCCACAACUCAGUGGAUGGAUCAUACACAAGCGGUUAUUUCGAAAAUGCUUCAAAUCAAGGCAGCUGACGUCCAGUUGAAAGUCAGGCGUCUUGGUGGUGCUUACGGCAGCAAAAUCAGUAGGGGCAACCUGGUGGCUUGUGCAGCAUCAUUGGCCGCGUAUAAACUGAACCGUCCCGCCCGAUUUGUCCAGACGAUUGAAUCGAUGAUGAACUGUAAUGGCAAACGCUGGGGUUGUCGUUCGGAUUACGAGUUUCACAUCAAGGCCAAUGGCAAGAUUGUGGGCUUGAAGAACAUUUUCUACGAAGACGCCGGUUGCACCUUGAAUGAAAACCCCAUUGACGACCAUUCUACCGUCUGUGCAAAGAAUUGUUAUGCAUUCACAGAAGACAAUCUGAAGAUCGAAGGCAACGCGGUCGUGACGGAUGCCACCAGCUCCACCUGGUGUCGUGCACCAGGAUCGGUUGAAGGUAUUGCCAUGAUUGAGAAUAUAAUGGAGCACAUUGCCUUUGAGGCCAACAUAGACCCCGCUGACGCUCGCAUGACAAACAUUGAGGAUGGCAACAAGCUGAAGGAGCUGUUGCCACGCUUUAUUGCCUCUACGGAGUACAGGAAGAGACGCCAGGAAAUCGACGAUUUUAACUCGAAAAAUCGGUGGUUAAAGAAGGGACUCGGCAUCGCUAUAAUGGAUUACCCCAUCUUCUAUUUUGGCCAGUAUCCAGCAACUGUAUCCAUAUACCACACGGAUGGCACCGUUGUUAUCUCCCACGGUGGAAUUGAAAUGGGUCAAGGCAUGAAUACUAAAAUUGCACAGGUGGCCGCUUAUGUCUUGGGAAUCCCUUUGGAGUUCAUAAAAAUCGAAUCAAGUGAUACCAUAAAUGGUGCCAAUUCGAUGGUCACCGGUGGUGCGGUGGGAAGUGAAAGUUUGUGCUUUGCCGUACGUAAAUGCUGCGAAGUACUAAACGACCGCCUGAAGCCCGUAAAGGACUCAUUGAAGGACAACGCGUCGUGGGUCGACGUGGUGCAGACAGCGUGGGGCAAAAAUAUCAACAUGAUUGCAAGUGACCACUAUAAGAAAGGUGACAUGCCGAACUACCACAUUUACGGUCUGGCUCUUACCGAAGUCGAAUUGGACAUUCUGACUGGCAAUCAUUUGAUCAAGCGAGUGGAUAUUCUGGAGGAUACGGGCGAAAGUUUAAGUCCUUACAUAGAUAUUGGGCAAAUUGAAGGGGCCUUUGUGAUGUGUCUCGGAUACUGGCUAACGGAACAGUUGGUCUACGAUCGCCAAACCGGGCAGCUUAUGACAAACCGUACGUGGACUUACAAACCUCCAGGUGCCAAAGACAUUCCCAUAGAUUUCCGUGUUAAAAAGCUGCAAGGAUCUGCUAAUCCAGCAGGAUUUAUGCGUUCGAAAGCGACUGGUGAGCCGCCCAGUUGCCUAGCCAUCAGCGCAAUAUUUGCCAUACAACAUGCAAUUCAAUCGGCCCGCAAUGAUGCCGGCCUCAAGAGGGAGUGGGUUCGCUUAGGUGCUCCCACAACGCCCGAAACGAUUGUCUUGAACGCUGGCAACGACACAUCCACCUACACGUUGGAAUAAGUUGUAUCCGUAAAGAAGCUUAGCGAUGUUGCCGCACGUAGAAUAGAAUGGUGAUUGGGCUCAAAUCUUAUGGUCUUACUCUAAUUUGUUGAUACACAUACACACACAUAUAAAUGUAUAAACAAUAAAUUUAUUUGCUUUUA